AUGUGAGUUUUACUCUCGAAAUCAUUUGUUUCUUUACAGUUUUCUUUAAAAUAUUUGUAUAAUUGUAUUAAUGACUAUUUUUGUUGUUGAUUUAGUGGCACAAUAUGGCUAUGUUUUAUGAAAGUGAUGAUGAAUUAUUUUUCCCCGACGUGGUUCACAUUGUGAGACGGGAACUAUAUGCCCAAGCCAUAAAUUCAACUGAUGUAUUCACCAAAAGGAAAAGAAAUCUCGACGUACCUACACACACAGAAGACGGAAUACCCAUCAGAAAAAUCUAUGUCACUAGUCUUCCAGCAAAGACAACUAGACUUGAACUCUUUGCAGUAUUUGCUCAGUAUGGAUUUAUCAAAAGCUGUUGGCUAAAAAUGGGAGAAAGAGGUCCUAACAAAACACCAAUACCUACAUAUGCAUUUGUCACAUUUGGUGAUCCAGCUGAUGCCCGCAAAGCUCUAUGUGCACCCCCUCAUGAGAAAAAAAUCCGUGAUAGAAUUCUGAAGAUAUCACCAGCUGAUAGCUGGCAUCAACCAGCUGAGGACAUUAAUGGCAGAGUGCAAUGGAAACAACCAUCUGCAACUGAGUCUAGCCAUAGUUGGGGUGUCGCAGAAAACUUGGAUGUUCAGAACAACAAUGGCAAUCCUGUUACCGACGAAGUAUUAACCACAGAAGAAUCAUACAAUAUAUUGGAUGUCCUCAACAUGGAUUGCUGGUCGCUCAUACUAUCGCAUGUGCCCCUAACAGACUUAAUAAGGUCCGAGCGUGUUAGUAAAAAGUGGAAAGAUGUGGUUCAUUUAUAUCUUAAUAGCAUUCGCACGUUUAAAACGUCAAGUUGGCAAUUAGAUCAAGUAAAACUAACGACAGCCGUGUUACGACAAGUUCUUCAGCGAUUUGGGGCUUCACUGAUACGGCUUCACAUCGAUCAUAACUGGUCAGAUCUCAAUGACCGCACUGCACAUACGGUUGGGAAGUACUGCCCUAAUUUGGAAGAAGUUAAGGUCGCAGGAAUGCAUACAAAGAAUUGGAAUCCAUUGAUGUAUGGAUGUAAACAAUUAAAGAAAAUUGAUUUCGUUUCCUGCUAUAAGUUAACUGAUGCCAGCUUAGUCCAUGUAGUGAAGAGUGAUGCAAGUAUUGAAGAGUUGUCUGUUUCAAACAAUACACAUCUCACUGGACUAUUCCUCACUAACUGUUCAAAACCAUCAAAGUUAACAUCACUAUCAUUUUACAACUGCUACAGUCUCCAGGGAACUGUUGUCAACGCUGCCAUGGACACAUUGCCCUGCCUCACUUGUCUCAAACUCGACGUGUGCCCACCAUCAAUGUGGAAGUUAAUACCCAACAUUCUAAGAAAAGUACCGCAACUAGAAGAAUUGUCACUCAGUGAAAACAUAUCAAUGGAUGGUCCAGUGCCUGUACUUAUACAUGAGCUCUGUGAUUCAAUUGGCAUUCUGACCAAAUUAAAGCGGCUUAAUCUGAGUCGGAACAUAUUCAUAACAAAUGAGGUCAUAAAACAAGUUGCACAGUCAUGCUCUAAGUUAGAAGAUCUUAAUAUUUCUGGUUGCAACUCAAGGAAAAGCUUUUCCCAUAAAGGAGUGAGUGAUGAAAGCAUAGUGGCGAUAUGCUCUCAAUGCACCCUGCUGACGAAUUUAAACGUGUCGUACCUGGCGGGGCUCUCCAACACAGGCUUGGCCGCGGUCGUCAAACUGAGCCGCCUGGUGACGUUGAUGUCGCGUGGCAAUAUCUCCAUCACCGCAAAGCCAAUCGUUGCAAUACUUAACAAAUGCCAUUACCUUGAGGAAUUGGACCUGUGCGGUUGCGAGUCGGUGACGGAGGAAGUGAUCUCGGCCGGAGAACGGGCCCUGCUCCAACACCCUCGCCCGCUGGCACUCCUGUUGGGAGGCACCGCGGCCGCUGGAGGCGAGAGUCCCUCCGAAAGUCGGGAUACUCCAACACACCAGCUGCUGUCAGUUGAUCUGCACCAUGACAAGAGCAAUCCCCACAUGCGCCCGGACUUCAUCGACAGAAUAUUCGAGAGCAGUUCGGACGACUCCUACGAUGAAGUCUUUGAUCACGACGACAUUGACUUCUUUGACCAAUUUUUGUCAGACGAGGAAGACUUCCUGCAACAAAACAUCGCUAACUACGAUGGAUUCUUUAACAACAUACUUUUAAUUUAACAUUGCGCUAUUAGUGUAUUCCACCUGCUACAUAUUACUUUUGCACACCAGAAACAUAAAACUAUCCCAAGAUAAUAAUUAUGGCCUAGAUUCUUAAUGAAUUAAAGUUGGCUGAUUGCAUUACUCUCAGAUUGGGUGAAACUCAGGCAGCUAUUGAAGAACAUCUUUAGUUAUUCAACUUAUUUAGCUAGAUAUGAAAAUUAUCCAAGAAUCACAAUUAACAUUUAAAUUGGGCGCCUGGCUAAGGGUCGCUGAACAUGUUUUUUGCCUUGUGAAACAUACGAUUAUUGAAUUGUGCUUAGUUUAGGAUAUUUUCUAAAAAAAAAAGGACAAAUAUUAUCAUUAAAUAAGUACCUAUGAUACAAAAGUUGACUAAAAUAAAAUGUUUAUCUUGUAAACUUUGAUGUAAGUAAUGCAGACAUUGACUGUGAUUCCAUGACAUUCUGACCAACCCUCGAUCAUGGCGCUUGCAACCACUGACUGUCUUUCGGUGCAGAAAUGUCACAUGCCUAUAAUUCGAAAUUGUCACGUUGAAUAUCUAGCUAGGUAACUAGUGAAGUAAAUGGAUAGAAUAUAUUUUGCAGUUUACAGUGCUUGUUGAUUAUAACAGUUCGAAGUUGCCUGUUUACCAUCACUCUUAGUAAAAGACCAUGUCCAUACACAGAGAACACAAAAGGGCUUCCUUCAAUUUCACCUGCCUUGCCACUUUUGCUGUUGUUUGUUAUACAUGACAUGUUAGCUUAAUUUUUUUAUCUAAUCAAUGCCCAGAAAUGACAAGCCCAACAUAAUUACAUUGUAUUCAUUCAAAAUAAGUAUUUAAUCUUCCAUGGUUUAUGUAUUGCAUUCACAUUUAUACAUAGAUACCUAUUGAAUAUUAAUAGUUAUAGUAUAUUAAUAUAGUAGUAACAGAAUGCUGUAUUCCCUGUGAUUUUAAAAUAUUUCAUUAGCUUAAGUUUCGGGUGGUAUCGUAACUCAAUUGUUUACUGAAAUAUGUGUCGAGUAUUAACAAAGUCUGAAUUAUUGUGAUAAAUGUGUUGUUUUCAUUACUGGCUUUAUUUUCAUUAAACUUAUUAGUAGUUAUACAUAGCUUUAAAUAGCUGACAGCGCUUAGGUCUAAACAUGGACCAUUCAUCACAAAAAUAUUUACAAAUAAAAUUAUAAAGUAAUAUUAUUGUAAAUUUAAAAUUGUAACAAUAAAAAUUUCCCUUACUGCAGAAUUUCUGGAAAUUUCAUGAAAAAAAAGUACAUUAUUAUAUAUUGAUAAAGUUGUUGAUAGAAAAGUGUAAAGCAAUAAAUAUUAUGUGAUGAUUAUAUAGAUCAUACAAUUGUGAGUCUUAAGUCAUAAAUAUAAUAAAACUUAGUUAAUGUUAGAUAGUCCGAUAUUGUUUGUGCUUUUUUUAGAUCGGACUUCAACCUAACAAUUUUCCUAUCCACCACAUGUAUUCGAGUUUAGUAGGUAAUUGCGUGUUAUGGUCAUAGAAAUAAUGUUGAUUUUCGUAACAAUUUAAAUUAAACCUAGUUAAUAGAAAAUAAAUCUGUAUAUUGAUAGGUGAAAAAAACUGAAAUAACAAUUUUAAAAACUCAAAUCAAAAUAAUCAAAACAAUAAAUAUAAUAUUUUGUUCUGUUUUAUCUAACUUUACUACUUUUUCUAAUUUGAAUUUAUCACUUGAAAAUUGAUUUUUAUAAAUAUUGUGUAGCUUCAGCCUUUUCCUGAAUAUGUAUAUAUAAUUUCAUCAAACACAAAAAACAAACAAGUUUUUCCUUAACAUAUAAAAUGAAAGUUUGUCUCAAUGAUAUAUUAUUAUGCUAUUGUAUAAUCUACUACCACUUUGGAAAAAGAGCUAUAAUUAUUUGUGGCAAGAAACUCACCACUUCUCUUUUAAAUCAAUAUAGGUCCAUUAUUUUACAAAUACUUUACUUACAACAAUAACAAUUAGUAUUUUCUUUUUUAAAUAUUGCAAAAGCAACAGAACCAGCUUACUAUGAGGUUUUACUACUUGCUCACUUUCACCUAUCCUGUUGUUUCAUGUCAGCAUUAAUAUAUUUUGAUUGUCCAUAUAUAUCUGUAUAUCAUUAUAAUCUCUAAAAUAAUAUUCAAUUAGGUCUAAAGUUGAGAAUUAUAAAAAAAGUUACUUGUAAAUGUUAUGGUGUCCAACUUGCUUGCAACAUAUACACACAGUAAGUUUAUUGUUGCUUAACAUCUAAUUGAUUGUGAUAAUCUUUCGUAUUAAGAUUAUUUUUAUUGCGUUCAUACACCAAUGUUAUUUAUUUUUGAGAAUGAUCAUUUUUAGUACUUAAAUGUUACAGGAACAACUAAUUUUGUUAUUUUUUAUGUGUGUUUUAAUGGUUGAUAUAGUUAUCAUUACAUAAUCAGAUUGAUAUUUGUGUUACUUUACCCAUAACUGUUUUUUCUUUUACCAGUUUUAUAUUAAUUUAUAGUAAUAACUUUUAACUACAAAGUAUACCUAAAAUACAAUAAUUGUUCUUAGUGUGAUGUAAAUUGUUUUUUUCUCAGUCAUGUAAACUAAUUCAAAACAAGAUUUACAAUCAUGUCUUAUUAAGCAUCAAAAACUACCACCCAUGAAAAUAUGGUAUACGUAAAAUGUAUGCUAUGGUUGUAUAGCCAGGGCUGUAACCUUAAAAGCCCAUACAAGCACCUAAUAAAGGUGCAUGUUUUGAGACAUCCCUGUGGAUAUCACAUUAGACAAAUUGAUCUUCAAUAAAUCCAGAGUAGUCAGUAUUGAUUUUACAAUAAUAUGCAAAAGGCCUUCAAUAUCCCACCCCACUCACCUCACUUGAUUGUAUUGUUUGCAUUGCAAAGAUUGGUGAUUACUAAAUCUGCCCACCCACCCACACCAACAAGUCAGUAAUAGAAUGAAUUCAUCUGCUGACUAUUUGUAUAGUAAGUUAUAUGAUAUGAAUGAGAUGACUAUAUUUCAGUCUACUUUUCCCCAUCUUAUAAGUACAAUUGAGUGCACACUAGAGCUGUUACUGCCCUCCAUUUGCAUGUAUAGAGAUAUUGAAAGACGGGUAUUAAUUGAUGACAAUAUGCCACUAUAUCUUGGUUCAUAUAUGGUUGUUGAAUAUGAAAUAAUUUAAAAUUAGUUUAAAGAAUUAAUUUAAAAAUUAGUUUAAUAUCUGGAGAUCUAAAUUAUUAAAAUGUAAUAUAAAAAUAAAUAUACUAGAUCAUAUUUAUUUUCAUUUCAUAAUAUGUACCAAAAAAUGGUGUUGAAUGUUGUUAGUGUACAAGUCAGUGACUUGUGGAGUGUUGUUUGCUAGAUGAUUUAGGAAAAUUUACAUCACAUUUGAGUCAGGGGAAAUAAGUGAUAUCAGGUCCAUCCAUAUUCACACUAAUAUUUAUAUUGUAGAAAUAGUGAACUGGAUAAAAUAUAUAUGUUUUAAUGUAAUAGGUACAAAUUCUUUUUAGUUUGUAUAAAAUUGGGUUAUUAGUUGGUGAUUUUAUGUUAAUAUCUCUUAAUGGUGCAGUAAAAUACCCAUAUUCUUCUAGUUUUAUACAUAUUAUAUGCAAGUGAAAUAAUAAGUUCAUUCAAUA